UUAAUGCGCUUAUGCUUGAUGUAGUAGGAUCGACUAGUCACGACUAGCUAGCGCGGAUGCGCGAGUGCGCGCACCGGGAACACUCUGAUUGAAUAGUACUCGGAAUUGUUUAUCGUAGCUUCAAAGAAAACUUUCCAAAACAUGAGCGACAUUCAGAAUAACAUUUAUUAUUUAUUUGAUCCCAAAUUGCUGGAUGACAUCAACACUUGUAACUUUGUUGGGAAAAUCACACUGGAAAAUUUAGGAAGCCAUUUAAAAGUGAGGCCAUUAUGUUUAUCUGAUUAUGAAAAGGGUUAUUUGAAGUUGUUAUCUGAGUUAACUAAAGUUGGAGAUAUUUCGUAUGAACAAUUCCAAGCUCGAUUUAAUUCCAUGAAGUCUUGUUCUAACACAUAUUAUAUAGUUGUGAUAGAAGAUACGAGCACGGGGUUAAUAAUUGGCAGUGCUACGCUUGUUAUUGAACAGAAAUUUAUUCACAAUACCUCAAGUCGUGGAAGAAUAGAAGAUGUAGUUAUUAAAAAUGACUACCGGGGGCAACAAUUAGGAAAAUUGUUGGUUGAUAUCUUAAUUGAAAGAAGUCAAAAGCUGGGUUGCUAUAAGAUCUCCUUAGAAUGUAAAAUGGAACUGAUACCUUUCUACAAUAAGUUUGGUCUUAAACAAGAAGAGAGCUGUAAUUGUUUAGUACUGCGGUUCAGGGACUAAUUUACUAAAUUUUUUAAACAUAUCAAAUUUGAAUCUCAAAAUUUUAAGAAAAUAUUGAUGAAGCUUUUGCAGGAUGUUUAAAGAAAUCAAUUUAUAUCGAAAUACCAUUCAGCUAACCAUUUUCUCUUGCAUCUCCAAUUGCCAGUUGAGAUAUACUUAACCACAGAAAUAUAGAGAAAAUAAUGGCAUCACCCACAUUACAGAAUUCUGUGUUCCUCGACAUUUUGCUAUCACGUGAAAUUCUGUGAAAUCUAUUUUACUAUUAACCUUUCGAAUACCAAUCUGCCCCAAAGCACCCCAGAUUUUUUAAUCCAAAAUUCAUGUCUUAAAGUGAUCUAAAUGAAAAUCUUUCAUUAAGAUUUCAUGUUAAUUUAUGUUCCAAAUACCAGCUUAAUAUAGACCAAGUUAUUUUAAUAAAUAUUUCAUAAUUUUCCGAAUUAAUUGAAGCAAAGUAUAUUUCAAAAGGAAUAUGGUAACAAAAGGGUCAAUAUCCAUGAGAUGGGUUUUAACUGAAUUUUCAUAGAAAAAAAAGUAAGAACAAGGAAUAUGACCACUUUUAUGCAUGUAUAUAUUAAUUGUUAACCACACACACACUCUAUACAGUAUGUAUAUAAAUAGUGCAGGAAAUAAUAAAACUACCAUAAUAUAGUACAGUGUGUGCAGAUUACAAAUAAUGUUAAUAACUGUGUAAUUGGGGAAGGUGUAAUGAGAGUUCAUUGAAGGGAGAGGGGCACUAUCUUCAGCAGCAGGAGUAAAUAACUUAUAUAUUGUCAUUACUCAUUUAGAAUGUAGCAUCUCUUUGUACACUGCAGUGUAGGAACUGAACUCAUUAUAAACACCUCUUGUAAUUUUUAUGUUGUACAUUUCUCUUCAAUUCUUUUUAUACAUAGAGACUGUAUUAUGUGGAUAUUUUUUUUUUUUUAAUUAACCGUUUAGCAUUUAAACCAGCCAUACUUGGCGCUAUUCUACCUGUUUUGUGUUCAAACUGGCUAUAUCCAGCCUCUCAAACCUACCUUACAAUGUUAUUCUAAAAAUAAACAAUCACAUCCAACCCGUCCAACCAUCCAACCCGUCCAACCAUCCAACCCGUGCUAGCACGGAAAACGGACAUUAAACGAUGAUGAUGAUGACAUCAUUGAAAUCUCAAAGCCACGAAAUAAAGUAGAAUUAAUUCGAAAAAAUAUGAAUAAAUAAGCAUUAUAUUUGACAGAGUGAUCUGAAUACUAAAGUGUUAAUAUAUUCUCACAUCAAAAUAGGUGUAUUCCUUGUUUUAGCCCUUAUUUUCAUAUUCCAUUAAAAACACAUCUCAAUUUAUAACUGUGAAAUCAAUGAUAAACAGAUAUUGCACCACAGAAUUUUUCAUCACAGCAAGAUUUUUUGAAAUAUGGAAUUUGUAAUGUAGUAAAUGCAUAUGUUUUCUCUGUUUCACAAUUGCAGACAUCUGAUAAUAAUAAAAAAAAAUUUUUAAUGGUUGCGGAAUAGCUUUUCAAUAUUAAUUGAUUUAUUUAAACUCUUUGCUAAAAAUUCUUCAAUAUUUUCUCAAAAUGUUGUUUCAAAAUUAUUUUCUGAUAAUAUGCCUUUGUCGGUUGGUUGGAGUAAUGAAGUUGUGUCCUUGGGAAUAUAGCUCAUUUUCACAUUGGGGAUAUUAUUUAUAUUCAGUGGGAGGCUUGGUGCAUGCAAUUAUAAUGGAGAAAGAAAGAAUUAAAAAUGUAUCUAUACCACCAUGUAA